AUGACAAAACGUGAAAACACGCAACAAAAAGUUGCCUUAACAGCAUACACCAGUAAUCAAGAUAUACACCGCAAGGUUGAACAACAUCCAGAUUUCGUUACAAAAAUUAAACGAGGAAAAGUUGCCUGGGACAUUACUGACGAUAGACUCGUGAAACUAAGUACAAAACCCUAUAGCAAGCGAGACUUGAAAUGGUUCACACCGAUGAAGCAGCGAGUUCAAAAUACUAGAACCAUCAUUUUGGGAAGCAAAAAACGCUUUUCAAUAUGUGAGCGUUCAUGGAACUAUUAUAAGAAAAAGCAGUUAGAAACUAUUGAAGAGAUCAAUAAAAGCCAAGGUAAUAAUUCGGACCUGAUACAACAACGUCGAAUUGGUGAUGAAUUAAAAACAAAAGAAGAAAUGGAUAAACUCUUAAAAUUAGAUGAUCCAAAUCGAAUCUGGCGAAUACCAGAGAAUUUUAGUCAAAAAUUUUUUGAGCAAAAGAAAAAGAACAUCAUCGAAUUUAAACAAUUAUGUGUAGAAUAA